AUGGCGGAACCGCUUCACGUCGUCGUCCUCGGUGCAGGAGUGCUCGGACUCACCGACGCAUACGAGCUGCGAGAAAGAGGUUACAAAGUCACCAUCCUCGCCCGCGAUCUUCCGCAAGACUCUUUCUCGCAAAACUUUGCCAGCCCAUGGGCCGGCGCCAACUGGUUCUCCUUCGCUACGCUCGACGACAUCCCCGCGCAACGUCGAGAUGAGGUCACAUUCAAGAAAUGGCUCGAACUACACACACAGCUACCAGACGAAGUGAUGGCAAUGAUGGAGUUCACCGAUAUCAGUCCAACAAAGCGAGAAGCGAAGGAUUUCUGGUUCAGCAGUCUCACUCCGGAAUUUGCCGUUCUACCCAAUGGGACGCAUGGAUCGUUUGCUGUCAAGUUCAAGUCGUUCACGAUCAGUGUACCGCUGUACACUCGAUGGUUGGUGUCGGAGCUGACUGCGACCAAGCCGACACUGCUGGACGGUACAAGAGCAGGUCCUCCUGUGGAAAUCCGACGAUCUUCAACACUGACGUCUCUUUCUGCUAUCCGUUUUAUCGUUCCGACGUGCGACUUGGUCGUAAAUGCAACCGGUGUUGGAGCAGCAGACUUGAUCGACGUACGAGACCAAGACGUGUAUCCUAUCCGCGGUCAAACCGUGCUCAUCAACGUUCCCUCCUUCGCCGCUCCCAACCAGGCAGCUCGAUGCGUGAUGAAGGUCGACAAGCCCAACGCCAGCUACGUCAUCCCUCGCGCAAGAUCCGGCCAAGUCAUCCUCGGAGGCACCUUUCAAGCCCGCGAGUCUGCGACCACGCCCGAUCGUGCUACAGCGGAAUCCAUCAUGGAAGAGUGUUCGAAACUGGCACCUGAAAUCGUACCCGAGGGCAAGACGUGGAAGGACAUCGAGGUCAUCUCCCACAAUGUCGGGUUGCGACCAGCGAGGGAGAAUGGAGCCAGGGUGGAGUUGGAGACACUCAAGAGUGGUUUGACGGUCGUGCAUUCGUAUGGAAUCGGACCGGCUGGGUAUCAGGCCAGUUUCGGAAUCGCAAAGGAGGUCGCCGAUCUCGUUGACGGUUGGAAGCAGCGCCACGGCGGCAGACAGUCUCGACUCUGA